ACUGUCACACUCACCGAUAACAUGCGGCGCAUAAAUCUAUGUUUUAUAAAUCUUAUCAGAUAAAAUACACGGUUGGUAGCUGAAAUAAACGUUUACCUUUUCUUAAAAGGUAGCUAAAGGAUUGGGCUUUAUUUGGAAAAUGUCAAAAUGAAAAUGAAAUACAACACUAUGCAGUUGGUGUUAGGUAUAUUGCUGGUCCUUGUGUGUGUCGCUGCAGAGGAAGCGGAUCAUAGGACUGAAAGUUGCAAGAAUUCGCCAGUUGAUGUAGUUUUGGUUCUUGAUACAUCUGAUGCCGUGGAUACAACAUCAUUGCAAAUGGAAAAGACGUUUCUGAAAGAGAUUGUGUCCAAGAUAUUUGGCCAAAAUAAUAGAUUAGGACUAGUGACAUUUGGUGCACAGGCCUUUUUUCAAUUUCAUUUGAGUACAUACACAUCUUUAAAUGACAUAAACAUGGCAAUAGAUUACAUGUGGCGCACAACUGGGCAAUGUCAAUUAGAACAAGCGAUACAAUAUGCGAUGGAAAAUGGCUUUUCUGAAAGGGAAGGUGGUAGACAAAAUGCUUCUAAUUACCUUAUUGUGGUAGCAUUGUCAGGGACACUGAAUAGCACCCAAGUUAAGAGGAUUAGUGACAGGUUGCAAGAAAAUAUGGUUGAACUUGUUCUCCUCGAUAGUCACUACAAUUCCAUACAAAACGAAGGGAGUAUAAACAUUCAUAGACUCCCGUCUCCAGCCUCAGACACAGUAGGGAAUGUCACAGAGACUACUGUCAACGUAUUAUGCAAAGAAAUGGGUGUAUUAAAGCCUUGGAGCCCGUGGAGUGCCUGUGGAGUAACAUGUGGUAGAGGAAUACGACGAAGAUUUAAAGAAUGUAUUAAACGUCGUCCAAACGAUAUAUGUUUAGGGAAGAAAAUGGAAAGCGAAAACUGUUUGAUUCAGCAGUGUACAGACCCUGUCAAUGGAGGAUGGACAUACUGGCAGGAGUGGUCAAAAUGUACAAAAACAUGUGGAACGGGUGUUCAAAGCAGGCAAAGAGAAUGCAAGGCACCAGCACCAUCACAUGGCGGAGGACUGUGCAAAGGAUCAGGAGUGCAGUUGAAAAAUUGCUCGCAAUGGAAUUGUCCAAAUUGCUCAUAUGUCUGUAAAAACGGAACAACCUUGUCGUCCAGAUGUGAUAUAUGCGAAUGUCCUAACACAAUACUGUUUGGAACCAUUGUAAGUGAGUCGAAUGUUCCAAUAGAAAAGAUUGGCGUAUAUAUUGAAACAAAACCUUAUGAAAUGCUUGGAAGCACAGACAUUGAUGGGACUUUUAUGAUACAACAUGUGUGUUUAAGAAACACAACAAUAAUGCUACGUAAGGAGGGGUAUGUCGACGUGUUCACCAUGGCCAAAUAUGAAAACGAAACACACUGGAACAUAACAACAAAGAUGGAAAGAAUAGUCCCUCCAGUUAUUAUGAAGCAACCAGAAAACAAAGUCAGACUGUUGAGACAGGAUGCUACUUUAUGUUGUGUUGCAGCUGGUCGCCCGAAGCCUGAUACAGUACAGUGGUAUAAAGAUGGAGAUGAACUCAACGAAACCAGCGAACGAUUAAGACUUGUUAACAUUAGUCAUUCCGAUGCAGGGAUCUAUAGCUGUAGUGUCGAAACUGAAGCAGGAAUCAUUAAAUCGCACGAGGCCGCUGUCGAUGUGUUUGCAUCUGCAGAAGAAAGUUGUUCUAGGCCAUUAUUCAAUACACGAAAAUUACCGAAGAACUGUUAUGCAAUUCAGCAUGGUACCAAUUCAACAAUCAUUGAUGUUGGAAAAUGUAGCAGGGACGGGUGUAUUACCAAAUCUUUCAAAGACAAUGGUACAUGUAUCGAUACAGAAAAUGAUUAUUGUUGUAAUGAAGGCCAAAGUGAAGAAGUUCAGAUAUACUGUCCCGGAUUUUCCUAUUCGUUAAAACGUAUAACAUCGUGUACAUGUAAAAGGUGCUUAUUGUCAACUAUUGUCGAAGGCAGUGCAUAUGGUAAACAUGAAAACGGAUCGAAAACCCCUUUUGCAUAUGGAUAUUUAUUUAUAAAUGGAAAGAAAGCUGCCGUGUCGAAUGAAAUGGGGUACUUUCAGUUUGAAGUAUUUCGAAAUGUUAAACACGCAGUUGUAUAUUUUGUUGACGAGGUAUUCCAAAAAUUUGUUCCAACAACGAAAGUGAUAAAUACACAACGUGAUAGUCUUUCGUUCAUCACCGUCGUUCUUCCGUUAAAACCACGACCAGUAGAAUUCCAAGGCCACCUCGGAAUAAGCGUAAAUCUCGGCGGCUCAAACAACUUCCCACCAGCUGGUGGACUUACUAUCCCAGAACACGCUCUUGUAACUGCAGAUGGCCACGCUUUUACCGGUAAAGCGAAAGCAACCGUUCACUUUAUGGAUCCAAGGAAACUCACUGACCUUGAAGCAUCAAACGGCAAUUUUAUCUAUACUACAGACGACGGAACGACAGCACCGCUUGAUACAUUCGGUAUGUUUCAUACUAGUGUAGAGGACGACAUUGGACGCUCACUGAAAAUAAAAAAGAAACUGACCUUCACAUUAGAUGCAUCAAUAUUCAACGUUUCAUUAAAAGAUGACGGCAGUCCAGAUUUAGCAUUGUGGAACUACGAUAUAAAUAACGGCAUAUGGGUUGAAACAUCAAAAAUGAAGUUUUCCGAUUCCAGUUUGGCAGCGGGUAGAAGAAAGCUUUUAGAUCACGUUUUGGUAGGAGAAUUUGAGGUUCAAGAAAUAAAACAGAUUGAUUUGACUGAAGAAAAACCCGUCUGGGAAAGAGUAAUUAUAGGGUACACAAAUUGUGACCACAGCGUUCCAAUUUACGCUGAAAGAAUUGUAACUCGUGAAAGUAAAACUAAACAUAAUGCGUGUUAUCUAAGUGUUUCGGUGUAUUCAGAUCUUACGUACGGAGAGAAGUCUGAUGCUGGGACAAAUGUUGUAGCAAUAACUCAAGAAAUGCAUGGCCCGAAGUUCAAAGGCAUGGACAGUAAAACCACAGACAGAAACGGACAUGUUUGUUUGAGUGUUUUCUGUGAUUCGAAAGUGUAUGUUUACGCGGAAAGUAAAUUUGACGGAAGUAGAUUAUUUGCCAGCACCUCGCAUGACCUUCCAGUUUGGUACGAUAAUUUCAACAAUACCAAAAAUGGUACAGAAGUAGAAAUAUUUUCGUAUAAUAUUGAAGACGUUGUUGAGAAUGGCAAAUCUCGAUACAGCCCAUUUGUACUUUAUGAAGAUUUUUCGAAAUGUAGUGCAGAUUUCGAUAAGAAUUACAAAUUUGAAUUUGCUUAUUAUGCGAUGCCGCAUACACUAACAACAUCAAUCGCAAAGGACACUUUCGAUGAAAAACUGUCCUGGUAUCCUGUAUCGCCCGAGAAGCCAUAUGCAAAGGCCUGUUUUAUCAAGGUUGCAAUAACAACAGAUGAUAACAACGCCAGAUUUAUUGCAGAAAGCUAUCAAGAUGUAUCACAGAAAAACAGUCUAUAUGGAUCAUACGAUGUUGGACCUAGUUUUGACAUUAACUCAGCUAACAGAAAACAAAGAGCUGCUUGCAUAGAAUUUCGUUGCGCCGGACGUUUUUCAGACAAUGGCAAAAUCAAAUACAAUUCAAAAACCAUCGUGGAGGUGUAUUUGAUUUCAUCUGAAAAAUGCACUUUAAGAACUGGAACGAUAGCUUCGAACAUAACACUUGUUUACGGUAGAACAGGAUUUAGGUUUGUUGCUGAACCAACUGUCAAUUAUGGUCCUAAAUUUGGAAUCUACGUAGGAAAUGGAAAAGCGGAUAAAAUACGCAAUUUUUGUGCCAGUGGAACUGAUACCGGUGCUGUAGAGAAAUUCAUGAAACCCAGCAAAAAUGCAGCGAUUGAAUAUUCUUGCACAUAACAGUUUAUUGUAUAUAUUGAUGUUGCUUUGUUGCUUAUUACUUUUCAAAAACAGAUGAAAGAGAAAAUAUUUACAAAGUCUACGAUUAAUUAUAUUCUGCCGAAAAGAAAUACUGUUGAGGAUAUGCAUUUCCAUUUGGCUCAUUCAGAACUGCACACUAUAAAUCGAGUGGAAUUAAUCAUCUUGUAACCGUUUUUCUGUUGUGAUGUGAACUGAAGUAUUCAUUUGCACUUUACUAAUCUAAACGUACAUGUAUUGCUUGUUCUCUUAAUAAUCGCCGUAUGUUUCAGUUUUAUUACUACGGCCAUAUAUUUA